UGUAUUGGUUUGAAAUCUGCUGAUCGAGGAAGACACUAUACUAUUGAUUUAGUUGGAGGUAUACACCGUCGUAAGCUGUGUCUUCUAUCAACGCAUUUCUGAUAUAAUUUUUUGGAUAUUCUGAAUACAAAUAUUGUGCAAUGGCGGACGAUCCGAAUACAAAUCUAGAAGCAGCAGAUAUAGUCAUUAUUGUCCUUCAUUUUCUCAUCGUAUUUUCUCUUGGAUUGUGGGUAUCAUGGCGGGCAGGCAACAAGAAUACAACCAGUGGUUAUUUUUUAGCAGGAAGGGACAUGUCUUGGUGGUUGGUUGGUUUAUCCUUGUACGUGAGUAACAUCGGUAGCAGUUCGUUUAUAGGUUUAGCAAGCUCGGCAGCAGCAUCGGGUUAUGCUGUGAUUGCAUAUGAAUUCCAUGGUAUAUUCUGUCUCCUUUUAUUAGGAUUUAUAUUUGUACCUGUUUACUUCGCAUCUGGGAUAACCACGGUACCAGAAUAUUUAAAGAAGCGAUUCGGAGGAGAGCGUCUUCAAGUUGGUCUCUCAGUCAUCAAUCUAUUCUUACUUGUUUUAGCAUCGUUAUCGGCUGAGAUGUAUGCUGGUUCGAUUAUAAUCCGUGAAGCUUUAGGGUGGAAUAUAUAUCUCUCUACCAUCCUCCUCCUUGCAUUGACCGCUAUAUAUACAGUUGCUGGUGGAUUAAAGGCAGUCAUCAUCACUGAUGCGCUCCAAACCGUUGUCAUGGUUACCGGUGCAUUCAUUCUAAUGGGCAUUGCCAUCAAUGAAAUUGGUGGAUUAGACAACCUUCGACUCUCCUACAUGACUGCAAUCCCUAAUACAACAGCUAUCUAUGGAAACACAUCUUGUGGGAUCCCUACCGGUGAUGCCUUUCAUAUCUUCAGAGAUGCCAGUGCAUCUAACCCCAAUGCUCUCCCGUGGCCUGGAGUGGUAUUUGGUAUCUUUCUGCUCUCUGCAUGGUACUUCUGCACAAACCAGGUGAUUGUUCAACGAACAUUAGCUGCUGCUAAUCUAUCUUAUGCCAAGUCUGGUUGUAUCUUGGCUGGAUAUUGUAAGAUAUUACCCUUCUUCCUCAUGAUCAUACCAGGGAUGAUUAGCAGAUCACUCUGGCCAGAUGAGGUUGGAUGUGUAGAUCCUGAUGUAUGUGAGGAGGUUUGUGGUAAUCCUAAUGGAUGUUCUAAUAUCGCCUACCCCAGGAUGCUAAUAUAUCUCAUGCCAACUGGUCUGAAAGGUCUAAUGCUCGCUGCUAUGUUGGCAGCCUUGAUGAGUUCAUUGACCUCUAUAUUUAACAGCGCAAGUUCAAUGUUUGUCAUUGAUAUUUGGCUUAAAAUACGACCUUCUUCAACUGAAUUGGAACUCGUUAUUGCUGGAAAAUUGUGUACGAUAAUUUUAGUUGUUGUGAGUGUGCUAUGGCUCCCGGUUAUAGAAGCAUUUGGUUCAGGAGAACUCUUCGUCUACAUUCAGUCUAUAUCAUCAUACUUCUCACCAACUAUGUUUGCUCUCUAUACGGCAGCUAUCCUAUCCGAGAGAAUUAAUGAAGCGGGAGCCUUCUACGGAUUAGUAUGUGGAUUCAUCAUUGGAUUAAGUCGAGCAAUUUGUGACAUCAUAUUUGGAGUUCCCGGAUGUGGACAAGAAGACGACCGACCUGCGAUUGUAAAGAACUUUCACUAUCUUCACUUCGCCUGUUUCUUGUACGGCGCCGCUCUAUUCUUUAUCGUCGCAAUUAGUCUUAUCACCAAACCUAUAGAAUCAUCAAAGUUAAUAAGACUAACAUGGUGGACCAAAUCCAUCCAGUUGCCAAGGAAACCAAUGUCUGAAGAAGAAGAACGGAAAGAUAGAGAGAAUGAAGCAAUCAAAGCCGAAAAGAUGAAAGAAUUGACUGAAAAAGCGGCAGCUAGGACGAGCUUUUUGGGAAAAUCUUGGAAUUUCUUAUGCAGUAUCGAUACCACUCUCGAUGACAAACCACCGAUGACGGAAAAGGAAAAGAUGGAGCUGGAAAGAAAAUUGACAUCGAUUGAGGAAAAACCUUUGGUUAAAAAGAUUGUUGCCUGGAAUGCAGUCUUACUCUGUGGAGUUGGUGUGUUCUUAUUUGCAUUUUACGGGUAGAUGGUGCUUUGAAAGAUUAUACGGACAAUGGUAUAACAGAAUGUAAUUCAAGAUAAAGUAUGUCGUAAUCAUUGAUCAAUAUUUCAAAGAUUCGUUGAAUAACAUCAUCUUCAGUGCUUAUCGUCUCAAUUUGAUCAUUGUUCUCCACCAAGAAUGCAUCAAUGUAACUAACUCUGAUCAUUUACUUUCAAAGAUAAAUGUCCAAGAACUAUAUAAAUUUGUCUUCUGCUAUUUUUUCUAACAUUCAGAGGAAAAUAUCUUGUUGAUGAUGAUGAAUCGGGAUUACAGUAAGUGAUUUAAAUCUAUAAAUAGACCAUCAUGUAUUAUUUACAAUAGAUUAUUCUGUUAUCAAAAGUAUAUCAUCAAAACUAACGAUCAAGCAUAUGAACAUACGGCCUAUCGGAAAAUCUGAUGUGCUCUUUUUAAUUAAUGUGUUUUGGAAAGAUAUGAAUAUAUCUGUUUUUGUUACUGGAUCUAAACCACUUUCAUGACUUUUGCACAAAGAAAUGUUGCAGUAUUGCGACUGUCUUCCAUCUGAAUGGAUGAUACUUUGUUGCCGGUAGAUGUAAAUAUUAUUUUCCGAUGACCGAAUAUCAGAUGUUACUCCUUGUUUGAUUAACUUUCAUUGUAUGCCUAUUAAAAGAAAAUGCUUACCAUUAAGAAAAAAAACUGAUAAGAUUGAGAUUUCAGGUUAGCAUAAUUCUGCCAUUGACUUUUAUUAUUGGAAAAAAUCCGCUAAAAGUAACCAAAGUUUUCUCCGGUAAAAAUUAUUUUAUGCAACUGGGCCAUGGGUGAUCGUUGGCGAAAGAUCACAUCAAAAUCAAUGAGAAAUAUACUUCCAAAUAGGGAAAUUAAGUUGAAAUGAAUUUCACUAGUAAUAGAUAGUUCAUUUGUUGUUUGUUACUGUAUUAUCUUUCUAUUUAAUAAGUGUUGAUAGCGCGUGAAAAUUAUUCGGCAAUCUCGUCACCCUUCCCUGUCGACGAUUUUGGUUCAUAUAUGGAUGGCGUCCUAGAGGGCGCAAUGGCAUAUUGUGUAAUGUUAAAUCUUGAGUAAAUUUCAAAUCACUCGAAAUCACUACUGUAUGGGAAAGAAGGGGGUAACAGUGGGUGUAUUUUUAUUUUUAUUUCAAUUCAAAUUUUCAUGUACACAUCCUCACAAAGUAAUCCACUUUGCUUCUUCUCCCUGCUCUCUAGCUGCUGUCCUUCCGCUCUCGUUCCUCUCCAUUUGGGCCUUCUUUCCCUCCCUCCUCAUUUACCCCCUCUCUCUAUUUCUAUUUCCCUCUAUCCGCCCUGCACAUAUUUAACACCCCUUGCGAAAAACACCGAUUCAACGGUAACGUAGAAUUAAAAUAGUUUGGUUUGGGUUUGGAAUUUGGUCGUGUUUCUCCUAUAGAUCAUGUUCACAUUCUUGUUUCUAUUAACAUGCUAUUCACAUGAAUAUAUACUUGUACAAAGAAAUGCAUUCAAUCAUCCGGUUGAGACACUGACAGUUUGGAUAUGGCUAAAGAUAGGAAAUUAUGAAUUCAAAUUUGUGAUAUUUACAGCACUUUGAAAAGUAAAAAGGCUUGUUACACGCUCGGAGUAUGUACAGUAUAUAGUGUGAAAAAAUGAUGCGAUCAACUCACAGUAAACUAUUUCGCAAUCCAACCUGAUACAAUUUAUCGGGUAAAGCAAUUCAUUGUAUAUUGAUUGAUUUCGUUGAUGUAUGUCUGUGAAAUAAACACUUUUGUACCAGGGUACUAAAAUGA